UCUCAGUCUCAGUCUCAGUCUCAAUCUCUCUCCUAUCUAUCUCUAAAUUUAGCUUAGCGAUUUUGCAGAUUGAACGUUUGGGGCAAGAAAUUGAGUUGGUGAUCUGAAUAAAAGCCUGACUAGUGAGUAAUGUGAAGAAUAAUGAUGGCUGCUGUGUCUACGACCCCAAACCCUAAGGUCUCGACUUACUCGAACCCGAAGAGGUCUCCAUUGUUACCUUCCGAGGCCCAGAAUGCUCCUCGAAGACCUGAAUCCAGAGAAGUCACUUCUCGCUACAUGUCCUCUAAUUCUUCGUCUUCAACGACGUCGUCCUCGGUAACCUCUAAUUCGUAUUCCUCAUCUUCGAAUUCAUCGUAUUCGAGGCGGUGUCCAUCGCCGUUGGUUUCUAGACCAGUUCCGGUGACGCCAAUGCCGAAUUUGAGUAAGAGGUCUCAAUCGGUGGAGCGGAAACGGGCGGUGACUCCUCGGCCGAUUACACCUGAGAUGUCGAAUGCGGCGAAGCUGUUGGUGACUUCGAGGAGGAGUUUGUCAGUUUCGUUUCAAGGAGAGUCGUUUUCGCUUCCGAUUAAUAAAGCAAAGCCGACAGUGAAUAGCAUCAGUAGUAUGAGGAAAGCCACGCCGGAGAGGAGGAAAGCGGCGCCUGUGAUAGAUCAUACGGAGAAUGCGAGGCCGAGUGAUCAGCAUCGGUGGCCGGGCCGAUCACGGCAAGUGAAUUUGAAUGUUACGACUAGGAGUAUGGAUUUCGCGGAUGAGAGGGCAAAAUUGCGUGGAUCUGGAAGUGCUAGGGCAUUGCAAAAAUCCAUGAUGGAUGAGAGUACUAGAGUUACUAUUGAUGCUAAACUAAGACAGGAGAGACACAAUGCUGAGCUUGAAAAGACAGUUCAGCCUGUUGCCGAACCAAAUCUACCUACUGGAUCAACUGAAAUUUCUGAUCCAGCAGCUUCGGAUAGUGAAAGUGUUUCUUCGGGAAGUAAUUCAGGUGUGCAAGAAUGUGGUGAUGUUGCUCAAGUGAAAGGAGGCCCACGUGGCAUCGUGGUUCCGGCUAGGUUCUGGCAAGAGACUAAUGUCAGGCUCCGGCGAGCGCCUGAGCUUGGUUCACCAGUGUCCAAGGACAAUAGAUUGAAACCCACUGUAUCGGCAAAAUCGAUUGGGACGAAACAAUUGUUAACUGAUACUCUAAUAUCAUCACCUCGAGGGAUUUUAAAGAGUAGGGGGUUAUCGUUUCCUCUUGGAGUAGGUGCUAGGCCAGCGUCGCCGAGUAAGACGUUAACUUCUUCUACGUCUUCUCCGUCCAGGGGGAUCCCCAGUCCGACCCGGACAAGGAAUUGGUCAGCGAGCUCAUCGAAUACUAAUGUGAUGAGCACACCAUCAAUUUUGGGUUUUGCUGCUGAUGUUAGAACAGGAAAGUUGGGGGAGAACCGAGUUGUUGGUGCACAUGAACUGAGACUGUUAUAUAAUAGGUAUUUGCAAUGGCGAUUUGUAAAUGCAAGAGCAGAUGCUGCCUUGUUUUUACAGAAAGUGACAACAGAGAAAAGCUUAUAUACUGCAUGGGUGACUACCUUGAAAUUGAGGCAUUCUAUCAAAUCCAAAAGAAUCAAGUUACAAUUGUUGAGGAAAAAUUUGAAGCUACACUGCAUCCUCAAGGAACAAAUGCUAUAUUUGGAUAGUUGGGAUCUGAUUGGCUGGGAACACUCCAGUUCCUUAUCAGGGGCUAUAGAAGCUUUGGAGGCCUGCACUCUCCGUCUCCCAGUUGUUGGUGGGGCAAGGGCUGAUAUCCAAAAUGUGAAAAAGGCUAUUUGUUCAGCAGUUGAUGUGAUACAGGCCAUGGCAUACUCGUUGCACUCUUUGCUAACAAAGGUUGAGCCAGUGAACUCAUUGGUAUCUGAGCUAGCAAAUGUAAUUGCAAACGAGCGUGGUUUACUUGAUCAAGGCAAAAACCUUUUGUCUACAUUAAAAUCCAUGCAGGUCCAGGAUUGUAGCCUGAGAACACAUAUAUUACAAUUACGACGUCUGUCCUCAAGCAUGACAACAGAAGUGUAAAGCUGAUGAUAUUUGACCACUUACUUUAAAUGCUAACAUCACGUCAAUUUCCUUUUUUUCCUGGCACCAUGGAAGCAUUGGUGACAAGGUAAGAAUCAAACAGUUGUUUGUGGCUUGUGAUAGCUGAAGAGUGCUCCUUUUCGUCUUCUUCAGGAUCAGUGGAAAGCAGCUCAAUACAGGUUUUUUUUCUCAAUUUCAAAUUAGGUUGUAUACAGGUAUUUGUUCUAUAGGUGUGGGGUGAACAUAUGUAAAUAUUUUGUGAUGUUACCAUUUUAUCCCUC